AUGGUCGGGUUCAAGCACAUCGGGUGGCUGCCGGAGCCCAAGAAAGAAGGGAACAAUCUCGGCAUCCUCUCAUUCGAGACGGCCAAGACCAUGUCGAGAUUGAUCUCUCUCUACAAGUCUGUCUCCGACGAAGAGAUUUCCCGGCUGAGAAACGACGUAAUCCGCUCGAAGGGAGUAGCAUUUUUGAACUCCGACGAUGAGGGUUUCCUCCUUGGGUUGGCCUGCGCAGAGCGCCUCGAGGAUCUCGACCGCGCCGCCGCCGCGGUGGCGCGGCUGGGGAAGAAAUGCAGCGAUUUCGGUCUGGAGCGGUUCGAUCUGGUGUACAAGGAGUUGAAGGAGGGGGUUGUGAGCUCCGGCAAGCUGAGAUACGGAUCGUCGGCGGCGGAGAGGAAGAUCCGGAAGAUUGAGAGGUUGGUGGCGGCAACGUCGGGAUUGCACGGGGCGGUGGAGUCGCUGGCGGAGAUGGAGGUGUCGGAGCGGAAGAUGAAGCAAUGGAAGAGUAGGGAUAGCGAUUUGCAGAAAGCGAAUUACGAUAAUUUGAUUCAGAAAUUGGAGAUUCAGCGCAGAGAGAUUCGGAAUUUUAAAGAGAUUUCUCUGUGGAAUAAAUCGUUUGAUAAAUGCGUGGAUUUGAUGGCGAGAGUGGUGUUGGUGGUGCACAGGAGAAUCUGCGGUCUAUUCGGGCCGAGAAAGAGGAUUCCGAUGAAAGAGAAGGUUUUCCCGCAUUCGGGUCCGCUGUUAACGGCGUCGAAGCCCGUUAUGGUCCGCUUCUACAGCCGGAAAUCGGGCCUCUUCGAAGAGGAGGAAGAGGGUGUGCGGACGAACCGGAUUUUCCACUCGGCUGGGCCGGAGACGGUGGGCGGUUCGGGUCUGGCCCUGCGCUACGCGAACGUCAUCCUCACAGCGGAGAAGUACUUGGACUCCGACGUGGCAAUCAGCCACGUGGAGCGGGAAUCUUUCUACGAGAUGCUGCCGGAGAAUCUGAAGAUUCUGGUGAGGGCGAAGCUGAGCAAGAACAUGAGGUGCGCGGAGGAAGGCGACGCGCUGCUGGCGGAGGGCUGGCGGGACGCGGUGGCGGAGAUACUGCAGUGGCUGGCGCCGGUGGCGGACGACACGGUGCGGUGGCAGAUGGAGCGGAGCUUCGAGAAGACGAGGUUUGACGCGAGACCAACGGCUCUGCUGCUGCAGACGUUGCAUUUCGCCGAUAGGGAGAAGACGGAGGCCGCCAUUGCCGAGAUCUUGGUCGGAUUGAGCUGCGUUUUCCGAUUCGAGAAUCGCCGGUUUGUUCAUUGUGAGGAAUUCUAUUGA